AGAGCAAAGUUUCAGCUCGUUCGGUCCUUUCGAUUCCCCUCUCACUGGGCCAAGUUCUGGAGGAGGAACGAAAAGUUCCCUGCUCCGGGCGUGUAAUGAAAAGGUAGACAGACAAGCACCGUGCGAAGAGGCAGACAACGCAGCCCAGCCCGACUCUGGAUAUAAAGUUUAUAUUUUGCCUGAAACAAACCUGCAACUGAAGAGAUCAAGAUGAGCCUUAAUUCAUCUACCGAAGGGACUGUUAAAAGAGUCCAUGUUGACUGCCCCGUUUCAGGAAGGCAUGCCUAUAUAUACAUUAUGGUUCCAACUGUUUACAGCAUCAUCUUUAUUGUAGGCAUAUUCGGGAACAGCUUGGUGGUCAUUGUCAUUUGCGUCUACCUGAAAUUAAAGACUGUGGCUAGUGUCUUUCUGUUGAACUUAGCCCUGGCUGACUUAUGUUUCCUAAUGACAUUGCCACUGUGGGCAGCCUACACAGCCAUGGAAUACCACUGGCCUUUUGGGAACUGUUUAUGUAAAUUAGCAUCAGCUGUGGUAAGUUUCAACCUGUAUGCCAGUGUGUUUCUACUCACAUGUCUUAGCAUUGACCGUUACCUGGCUAUAGUACAUCCAAUGAAGUCCCGACUUAAGCGCACCAUGCUUGUUGCCAAAAUAACUUGCAUUGGCAUCUGGCUGCUAGCAGGAUUGGCUAGUUUGCCUGUCCUAAUUCACCGUGAUGUAUUUUUUGUCGAGAAUAUGAAUAUGACAAUUUGUGCUUUUCGGUACAAAACCCAUAAUACAACACUGCCUGUUGAGCUAGGUUUAUUUAAGAACAUGUUGGGUUUUUUAAUUCCCUUUUUGAUAAUUUUAACAAGCUACACCUUAAUCUGGAAGACGCUGAAGAAGGCUUACCAAAUUCAGAAAAACAAGACCAGAAAUGAUGAGAUUUUUAAGAUAAUUGUGGCAAUAGUACUUUUCUUCUUCUUUUCCUGGAUUCCUCAUCAAGUGUUUACCUUUCUGGAUGUAUUAAUCCAGCUAGGUAUCAUAACAGAAUGCCAAGUUGUUGAUGUUGUGGAUACAGCUAUGCCCUUCACCAUCUGCAUAGCUUACUUCAACAAUUGCUUGAAUCCCUUUCUUUAUGGUUUUUUUGGAAAAAAAUUUAAAAAAUAUUUCCUGCAGCUACUAAAGUACAUUCCACCAAAUGUCAGAGCACAUCCAAGUCUAACAACAAAAAUGAGUUCCCUUUCCUUUCGACCAUCAGAAAACUUAAGUUUAUCCAUGAAGAAGACUAUUGGGACUUUUGACAUUGAGUGAUGUCUUUUGUGCUAUAUGUUUCUAGAACAACCUUGCAUAUGAAAUAGCAAGAGUGUCAAAGUUCACCCACGGUCCUGACCAUCACAGCUUACUGCUCAUUAUUACUAAGAAAUUAAAUCAUCUACUAGAAAUCAUCUUUGGAAGAUUUAGCAGUGGCCUUUUAUAUUGUCAAGAGGACUGUUUGUUAUUUUUAUUUGAAGCAACCCAAGAAGGUGGCAGUCUUUUGGCAUCCUGCCUCCAAGCUCAGGACUUUGGAAGAAGCACACAUGAUGCUCCUGGAAAGAUCUCAGAACUUAGGUUAAGGCAUGAUCAUUUGUGAAUUAUAUGAACUCGGCAGAAUUUACUUUCAACACACAUAAGCAAUUCUAAGCUAACCACUUGGAAUUGUUAUACAAAAAGCGUUGCCAGAGUCAAACAAAAUGUUUUUCUUUCACAUGAUAUUUGGUGGGGAUGGUGGAGAACAGAGUUAUGUCUGAAAUACGAAAGAUAUCCAUUUGUCCUUGAUACAAAUAUAGUGCAUCAUUACAUUUAUAAUACACCCAGUUGGUGAAAAUAUAUGUAUUCUACAUAUGCAGGUCUCACUCCCAUCUCAGACUGAGAUUUAAAGACUUCAAGACUGUGUUCACAUAUAUUUUUGCUAUCAUUAUUCAUUUUAAACA